GCCGCGGUCCGGUUGCGCUGUCGCUGCUGCAGGCACCGCCUGGUUCUCUUCUGCCGCCGCCUAUGCGCCGGGGCUGCCUCCCGGGCUCCGGGCGCAGACACCAUGUACGGAUUUGUGAAUCACGCCCUGGAGCUGCUGGUAAUCCGCAAUUACGGCCUCGAAGUGUGGGAAGACAUCAAGAGAGGAGGGGCGGCCUGGGCGGGGCUGGGAAUGCGAGAGCCAGGGAAGGAGCCCCUUGGGGUCAACGCGGCGUCCCGACCCGGCCUGGGCGUGGGAACGCGCUGCCAGGGCCCGGACGGCUCCCACGCGGAGACCGGCCCGGGGGACCACGCAGGCUUCGGCGAGGCCCUGCUGCCAGAGAGGAUAACAGAAGCUCUGCAUGUGAACCUUGAUGCCCUGCAUGACCACCUUGCUACUAUCUACCCGGGCAUGCGCGCACCUUCCUUCAGGUGCACGGACGCAGACAAGGGCCGAGGACUCAUUCUGCAUUACUACUCAGAGAGAGAAGGACUUCAGGAUAUUGUCAUUGGGAUCAUUAAAACCGUGGCUCAGCAGAUACAUGGCACUGAAAUAGACAUGAAGGUUAUUCAACAAAGAAAUGAAGAGUGUGAUCAUACUCAAUUUUUAAUUGAAGAAAAAGAGUCAAAAGAAGAGGAUUUUUAUGAAGAUCUUGACAGAUUUGAAGAAAAUGGUACCCAGGAGUCACGCAUCAGCCCGUAUACCUUCUGCAAAGCUUUUCCUUUUCACAUAAUAUUUGACCGGGACCUAGUGGUCACCCAGUGUGGCAAUGCCAUAUACAGAGUGCUUCCCCAGCUUCAGCCUGGAAAUUGCAACCUUUUGUCUGUCUUCUCUCUGGUUCGUCCUCAUAUUGACAUUAGUUUCCAUGGGAUCCUCUCACACAUCAAUACGGUUUUUGUAUUGAGAAGCAAGGAAGGAUUGUUGGAUGUAGAGAAAUUAGAAUGUGAAGAUGAAUUGACCGGGACUGAGAUCAGCUGCCUACGUCUCAAGGGUCAAAUGAUCUACUUACCAGAAGCAGAUAGUAUACUUUUCCUGUGCUCACCAAGUGUGAUGAACCUGGACGAUUUAACGAGGAGAGGUCUGUAUUUGAGUGACAUCCCUCUGCAUGAUGCCACCCGCGAUCUCGUCCUUUUGGGAGAACAGUUCCGAGAAGAAUACAAACUGACCCAGGAACUGGAAAUCCUCACGGACAGGCUGCAGCUCACGCUAAGAGCCCUGGAAGAUGAAAAGAAAAAGACAGACACGUUGCUGUAUUCGGUCCUUCCUCCGUCUGUUGCCAAUGAACUGAGACAUAAGCGCCCAGUGCCUGCCAGAAGAUACGACAACGUGACCAUCCUCUUCAGCGGGAUUGUGGGCUUCAACACGUUCUGUAGCAAGCAUGCGUCUGGUGAAGGGGCCAUGAAGAUUGUCAACCUUCUCAAUGACCUCUACACCAGAUUUGACACACUGACCGAUUCACGGAAAAAUCCAUUUGUCUAUAAGGUGGAGACUGUCGGUGAUAAGUAUAUGACAGUUAGUGGUUUACCAGAGCCUUGCAUCCACCAUGCACGAUCCAUUUGCCACCUGGCCUUGGACAUGAUGGAAAUUGCUGGCCAGGUUCAAGUAGAUGGCGAAUCUGUUCAGAUAACAAUAGGGAUACACACUGGAGAGGUAGUUACAGGCGUCAUAGGACAGAGGAUGCCUCGAUACUGUCUUUUUGGAAAUACUGUUAACCUCACAAGCAGAACAGAAACCACUGGAGAAAAGGGGAAAAUAAAUGUGUCCGAAUAUACAUACAGAUGUCUUAUGACACCAGAAAAUUCAGACCCACAAUUCCAUUUGGAGCACAGAGGGCCAGUGUCCAUGAAGGGCAAAAAAGAACCAAUGCAAGUUUGGUUUCUUUCCAGAAAAAGUACAGGAAGAGAGGAAACAAAGCAGGAUGAUGACUGAGUCUUGCAUCGUGGGAUGAAGAGGACUGCAGAUUAGGUUCCAGCUGUCUUCUGACACGUGCCAAGCCUAGCAGCAAUUAUUCCCUGUGGAUACAUAUUUCACACUGUCCUUUUCCAUUAUUUUGAGCCUUUCUCUUAGGUAUAUAUCUUACUAUUCAUUAUUCAACUUUAGCCCAGCUUUUGAUUAUGUUAUUUAAGGUUUUAGCAUAUUUUCUUAGCGUAUCUGAAGUUUGGCUUUAGAUGUGGAUGAUGUGAGCUUCGUGUGUCUUAAAGUCUACCACAAGCAUUACCUAACAUGGUGACUUGCAAGUAGGAGGCACCCAAUCAAUAUUUGUUGCAUUUAAUUAAAUGAAACUGAACAGUAUUUGGCCAUGUGUAUGCAUAGCAUGGAGCCCUGGUGGCACAGUGGUUAAGUGUUUGGCUGCUAACCAAAAGGUCAGCAGCUGGAAUCCACCAGCUGCUCCUUGGAAACCCUGUGGGCGGUUCUACUCUGCCCUAUUGGGUCGCUAUGAGUUGGAAUCGACUCAACAGCUACGGGUUUAGUUUUUUUUUUUUUGGUUUAUGGGUAGCAUGGUUUACCAAAUCUGUUUAGUGCUCGAUAUAUAUGUGUAUAUAUAUAUAUAUUUUCAUGACUAUAACAUAUAACAAAGUUUAUAUAGUGUUGGUGUAUAUCGUUAUAGAUAUUAUUUUCUAAAGGAGUGAAUUAUAAGUUUUAGAGAAAAUGCAAUUUAUUUUCAGGCUUCCAGAGUACAAAUUAAUAUACCAUGCUAAGAAAAUAGUAACCACUGUGAAGUUUGCUACUUUCCCUUCAGAAAUAUAGAGAACACAUUUCAGUUAUUAGAGUAUUUGGUUGCUAAUUCAAAUCCUGUGGCAAUUACAAUUCUUAUAAAAUGCUGUCGUUUGUAUUGAAUCCCUCUUAUUGAUCUCAUUAACCACAGGCAGCUGCCAUAGAAAGCUGCACUGUUUCACAUUGGCUUGGGCUAAAUGUUAGGGGCUCUAACCAAAUCCAAGAACCAAGCUGGAAAAACACUCCUGAGGUUUUCCUGUUAGAGCUUUUCCUGGCCUUUUAUCCCCAGAAGUAAGCUUCUUUUUUCUUAGAAGGUGAUUAUAUCCAGGGCGUCAAGUUCAGAAAAAUUACGGUAAUUUCAACAUAAAAUGAAUUCCUGUUGGAAUCAAUGUUUCCAAUAAUUUAUUAAUAUCUCUCUUUAUAAAAUAUAGUGCAGAUACUUUGCUGUAAAAAUGUUUGUCUUUAAAUUUACUAUUUCCUAU